CCUAGAUACCAGAUGAAGUGAUGUGUUUUUCUUUUCCCCUGCCCUUGUGAGCCGGACGUAUUCUGUUGUACGAUCGAUCUCAUUGUGCUGUUCCUUCUGCAUCCUUGCUAUUUUCAUCUUUCCUUUUAGAUAUCAUGUAUUACGGACUCAGCUCUGCGGCGAGAUCUUUUCUGUUCCGAUUAUACCUUUGCCCAUUUAUCAGAUGGGCACGAUGUACAUCUACUCGCAUUCUCUGCCACCUCUUUUCUUUUUUCUUGUACUGCUCGCUUGUCCGGAGUUUCCGGUGCUGUUGCGGUUCUUCUCACGCAUAUGAUGGGGCGCUUUCAGCCGUACAAUCAAGGGCCACCAGGGAUCUCGUUUUACAUGGACACUGUUAUUUCGCGCGUGAUAGUGAUCAGUUCAGCUUGGCAUUCGGGAUGAUUGAUGAUUGUGGAAUGGCGCGAGCACACCGUUGUCUCCAUCGUUUAGCCACAUUUGUGGUUCAAGGAGCCCUGGAUAGGAGCAUAGUCUAGCUGGAGGACACUGAAAUGCAUUCUCGAGGAAGACCGACUUGCACAUACUAUGUUGCCGCAGUCUAAUCUGACCCGAUCUCUUCGAUGCAAACAACUGAC